CACGGCAGCAUGAAGUCAGUGGCCGCCCUCCUCCUGGUGGGGAUGCUCAUCCUCUGGACAGAGCUGCCGACAGGCAGCGCCUGGUCCUGCCCGCCUGUCCACAUCACCUGCGCGAUGCUCAACCCACCCAACCAGUGCUACACUGACCGGCAGUGUCCACGGUACAAGAAGUGCUGCCCGUCCUUCUGCGGGAGGAGAUGCAUCUCACGCUCACCUUUCCCCCCCGUGUCCUACGCGUGAGCUCCUGCUGCCAGGACAGACCGAGGGCCUUCUCAGCCAGCUGCCCACGCCUCUGCUAAGGCUUCUCCCGCCCGGUGCCGGCUCCCGGGGACAGCCACCAGCGCACACCCAGAGACAACCUCGGCUCCAGGACCACCCUGCUGACAGCUGCUGCACCAUGCUGCGUGCCGCCUGCUUGCCCUCUCCCUCUGCUUCCCCACUGCUGUUUUAACAAAUAAAAGAACUUGUUCCAGG